UAUUUAUAAUCCAGUCGGUCAGUGGUCGGCAUACCGGACGGGCUAAGCACGCGCGGCGAGCGUCGCGACGCUCAUGGACACGCGGCCAUGCACAUCUCGUGCAAGUGGAUCUUUGCGUGUCUCUUCGUCCUAGGCUUGCAUUCCCAUCAAACGGAGUCAUCCGAACAAGGAUUAGCUAUUGCAAAAUGGGCCGAGAAAUUAAGCAGAGAGCUGUACGAUUUGGGGAAUGCCAUCACCAAUCGCACAGCUAUGGCCAAGAGAUAUAAAACACAUAAUGCUCGUGUAGACGUGCGAAAUCCAAAUGCUUUAUUAGUUGAGAUCAAGGAAAACAUCGAGCGCAUGGUCGAUCGUAAAAUAGACGCAGUUCGAUGUAUUCAACAAGUUGCCGAAUCCGAAGCAGAAUUAUUCGAUUACACCUCGAAUAACACAGAGUAUUACUACUACAACUCGAAAUACUCUUCGGUUGAGGGUGAACCUCCCGAUGCUUUAGAAAUUCCUGACCCUAUCGCCCCAAACCGGUGGAUGUAUAUACCUAUGGUCCUUAACAACGACACACUUUACAACAUCCCUGUCAACACCACUCAUAGUUCUGUGCAUGUACCUUUAAAUAUCUACGAUAGACAUAGAAGUCCCCAACAGUAUAUUGAAUGGUCUGAGGCAUUGGAUGAGGUGUUUGUGCAAAAUUACAAAUCGGAUCCAUCAUUAUCCUGGCAGUAUUUUGGUAGUACCACUGGUGUGAUGCGCCAUUAUCCUGCCAUGAGAUGGAUGCAAGAUGAUUCCGAAAUAGAUUUUGAUUGCCGUACCCGUACGUGGUUCAUCGAAGCAGCCACGUGCACAAAAGAUGUGAUUAUCUUGGUUGAUUCUUCUGGAUCCAUGCAAGGCAUGCGUAAACACAUCGCAUCUUUGACCAUAUCCAGUAUAUUGGAUACCUUUUCAAAUAAUGACUACAUUAAUGUGAUGAACUACUCCAUGGGUACCAAUUAUACCGUACCAUGUUUCGAAGACAUGCUUGUACAGGCCACCAACGAGAAUAUAAAUACCUUUAAGAAAGCCGUGCAGAAUUUAGACCCUGAUAACAAAUCGAACUCAUCCAUUGCUCUGGAACAUGCCUUUGCUUUGUUGGAGAAAUAUCGAACCGUAGAACGAUGUGGUGCGAACAUGGAGUGUAACCAGAUGAUUAUGUUGGUCACCGAUGGUAUUGCGGGGAAUUUAAGCACUGUGUUUGAUAUGUAUAAUAGAAUUAAUAAUACUGAUGGGGUUAGUAUACCGGUGCGUUUUACAUAUCUUAUAGGUGUUGAGGUGUUGAAUGUGAAUGAAAUCAUGUGGGCAGCUUGUACGAAUAGAGGAUAUUAUUCACAUGUGGAGUCUUUGGAAGAAGUCACAGGAUCUGUAUACAAGUAUAUUCCUGUAAUAGCACGACCUUUAGUAUUACAACGUGAUGUACAUCCGGUUUCAUGGACGCACGCCUAUGCAGACACCACAUAUGACGAUGAAAAUGAUAAGGUGUUUAAUGAACCAUAUCGUCUUCUUACAUCUGUUGCCGUACCUGCAUUCGAUAAGAAAAUAAACAAUGAAAACGACACUAUGACUGCUGAACUUCUCGGAGUGGCUGCAACUGAUGUACCCAUUGAUGAAAUACGAAAAUUAACGAUGCCGUAUAAAAUUGGUGUGAUGGGUUAUGCUUUCCUCGUGAGCAACAAUGGAUAUAUCAUAAUGCAUCCUAGUUUCCGGCCGGUUUUUAAUAAAACAGUCUUAAAAGAGAAUUACAACAGUGUGGACUUUAUGGAGGUGGAACAACAUGAUGUUAACUUACCACCAAGGAAAAUAGAUCCCAAUUCGACUGUUUAUCGUUUACGGCAGGCUUUGGUCGAUGGGCAAAGUGGUUCUUUUCAUGAUGCUACUUUAAAGUAUCACUACGAUAAUAUCCGAAGGAUUACCAGACAAAGUUAUGAUUAUUAUUAUUCUCCGAUUGAGGGUACACCGUUUUCUUUGGGUCUUGCAAUGCCUGAUAAAUAUGGGAAUUUGUCUAUUGUUGUUAAGGAUGAGGUGAAGAGAGCGGCGCAUAUUGGGAAAAAUGUCACCGUGUUCCUAAAGGAAAUUUUUAAUGGUAGCAAUUGGAGGGUACACCCUAAAUGGGUGUAUUGUAAAUAUCACUAUCUAGAAGGACAUGAAUUUGAUUCUCCUGAAAAAGAGCUUCUUCAUUUUAUUGAACGAAUUAAUGGUAGCUCUUUCCUGAAACACCGGCAACACAUAGCGAAAAAUCAACACUGGGAUUCUUAUAAUCAAAUAUACGUCGAGGAUAAUGAUGAAGUUGAAUGUGGCCGUAUUACACUUGGUGAGGACGAUUACUACUGCGAUGAAGACCUCAUGCGACGUUUAAUCUUUGAUGCGAAGAUAACAAUGAAUGAUUACGAUGAUAAGUGGAAUUUUGUGACCAAACGUGAUGAAACUCUCUUGCGCUACAAUGCCACUUUGAGAUUCGUAGCGACUAUGAGUGGACUUACUCGAUGGGAGUAUAUUUUCGGGGAGGAUGAAAACAAUACAAAAAGCGAAUUUGGUGAUUGGCAUUCACGUGCAAUUGAUGAAACGUGGUAUAAAAGUGCCGUGCUUCAAAAUCAACACGAUGAUAACUCAUCAGUGUUUUCUGUGCCGUUUGAAAUCGGAGAUCAACCUGAUGUGUUAGUAACGUCUAGCUCUGCUAUAUUUUAUCAAGAUGGCGUUCAUAAAAUACCCGCGUCUGUUGUUGGCUUCCAAUUCUCACAUAAACAUUUCUACAAGAGAUUUUUGAGAUUACAACACAAGUCGUACGACGCCAAUGCUACUCCUUGUGGUGAUUUACUGGAUUGUUACGUGAUUGAUAACAGUGGAUACAUUUUAAUAUCUCCCACACUGGAUAACACCGGAAAAUUUUUCGGUGAAGUUGAAGGUGCGGUCAUGCAUUCAAUGCUGGUGGAAAAUCUAUUUGAAGAAAUCAAAGUCUACGAUUUCCAAGGUUUAUGCUUUAAUGAAUCUGCAAAAUCCAGUGAUGUUGGACGUCUUGUAACGCCUGGUAAUUUAAUUCUAAGUAUAAUCAACGGUCUCUUUGCAAACAUGUUAUGGUUUUUUAUGCGUACCCAAUUGUACCACAUGUGGGACCCGAAUUUUAUCGCUGCGGAAGACAUGUUUACUACUCCAUAUCCUAGAAUAGAUGAAGACGAUGAUGAUGAGGCUACUGUCUCAUCAGAAACCGAUGAUGAAAUUGAAAUUGUACAACCGAAAGAAGAAGAGAAGAUACGCACGUAUUACCCAUGCGAUUUACAGCGUAGUCUCUUUAUUAUGAAUCACACAAAAGUAAAGCGUGGAUACAGUGGUGAAGUACCUCGAACUUACUCUCGGCCAUUUUAUAUCAAGCACAUCCGUAACAGUAAUCUGAUUAUUGUCGCGGUGAAUGUAAGUCAUUCGCAACGUGAUAUAAACUAUACCACUGAUCCGUCGUUUGUGGAGUACCCGGUUGGAGUGGAACAUCCAUGUCAGAAGAUUGAUUUAACUACUUUACCACGACGAGGGUUAACAGAGUGCUUUAAUUCUCAUCCUGACGAGGCUUUAAUAGAUAUAUGUGGUGAAUCAAGCAAGACCUAUGCUAAUAUUCUGUUGUUUGUAUCAGGGUUAAUGAUAUUAUUUUACAUCACCUAGGAUUACAAGUUUGAGACGAGUUUGAAAAUGAUUAAAAGUUUCGGAGAAAUGCUCCAAAAUGCCGGCGGUGCUGGCUUUGUUUAUCUUGUUACAGCUGGCGGCGACCUCCAUGUUGAUCUUUGGAUUGCCACAACUGAACACACCGACUUUCUCGACCUGUAACAAUUUUUGUUAGUAUGUAUUAUAUGUAAAUUAUUGAUUUUGUUUACUUGUGAAUGAAGAGUGAGAACAGUGUUUAAAAA